AGUGUGUGUGGGCUGAUGUGUAAAAACGAGUAUCGCAAAUAUAAUUAACUAAUCAAUUUUACGCGAAGAAGAGAAAAUGUCGUUUUAAACACAUUGUUUCAAAAUAUAAUCAAACGUUCAGCUACCUGUACAGGUGCGCUUAUCAUCAACCUGAGGGAAUAUAAUAUCGUGACAUCAUCAAAGUAUGGCGGAAGUCACAAAUACCUACAACCUUCAUCAGAUGUGAUACGGAUUUUCGCUUUUUAUCGGUAUCAAAGAAUGUGAGGAGACAAUGGUGGAGGUUGUAUGCCCCUACAGCGUCCUGGAUGUAGCUCAGCUGCUGCAGGCCAAGUUUGCCUUCGUAUCAGGUGGGAAGGCAAAAAAUGGGGCACCCAUCAUGACGUUUCCUGAAAACCCUCAGCAACCCGAUAUAACGGAUAGUGAUUACAAGAAAAUAGUCCACUACCUCGCCUGUAUCCCACCACUUCAUGAGACGGAGCUUGGUUUUGUUAUUGUACUGGAUAGACGACAGGCAGGAUGGAGUUCGGUUAAAUCCCUUCUGCUUAAAAUGUCUGAAUUUUUCCCCAAGCAUUUACAGGUUGUUUUUUUGCUGCAACCUCACGGCUUCUUCCAGAGGGCAUUUGCAGACAUGAGGUCAAAAUUUGUCAAAGAGGAACUAGAAUUCAAGGUUGUGAUGUGUAAUGACCCUAACCAGAUGUUUGAGUAUAUUGACCCUAGUCAGCUGACCAAAGAGGUCGGAGGCCAGUUGGAAUAUGAUGCUAAUGAAUGGACUCAACAUCGAGCUGCUGUUGAAAAGUUCUCCACAAACAGUGAAAAAAUUGCAACUGCGAUUGCUGUCCUAGUGAAAAAGUUUCAGGAAAUGGAGGUUCCCAAUGAUGUGAAAGGAACAGAGGCACUCAUCCAUGACCACAUAAUGGGCCGGAAAGAAAUAAUCAACGACCUUAUGUCAUCCGACGAUCAUGGGAAAACGAUACUGAGCUGUAUCAAGGGAGAUAACCCUCGCACGCCGCUGAUACAUCAAACACAUGUUCUCAAUCUAGAGAGGUUGCUUAUGCAGCUGGAAGAAACCAAAUCAAACUUUGUGAGAUUCUGGGAAGUGCAUGAAAAACGUCUCAAACAGUCACUUCAGCUGCGACAAUUUGAAGAAGAAUUCAAACUAUUCCAGUACAGCUAUGAACAUCGGAUUGAGGAGCUAGAGAAGGCGAUGUCGGACACCGGAGAGACACUUCAACAGGUGGAGACCCUCAUCAAGGAUUUUCACACCUUUGAGGAGCAGGCCAAGAGAGACCUUGAGCAGGCCGAAAAGAUGAGGACGAAUGGCGAACAACACAUAAUGGACGACCAUUACGCUGUGGACUCAAUACGUCCGAAGUGUAUCGAACUACAGCGCAUGUGUGAUCAGUACCGAGAGUUACUACGCCGACGACGUGAACUCCUUGACACGUCACAUGACCUUCAGGACAGAAUUGACAAGGCCAACAAAUGGUGUACAAAGGGCGUGGACAUGUUAUCAAAGCAACAGGUGGAUGCUUGUCAGACCCCCCAGGGAGCUGAAGUUGCACUCAGGGACAUUGAGAGUUUUGUUGCAACUGCUGGACAACUCCGUCUCAACAACCCAAAAGAGUUCCGACAGUUGUUUGAAAACAUGAUCACACCUGAGACAAGAGCAAAUGUGCAGAAAGUACUGAAGAGAAUUGAGGACGUACAAGCUAUGUGUGAGAAGCGUCAUCAUAGCCUGCAGCAAGUAGCCAAGCCAUCAGCCCGCCCAAGUACCUCACACCGCGUACCACCCGCCCACGGCCAUCCCCCACAUCCUCCACAUUCUCAUCAUCACGACGUUGAUCAGAAACGCAAAACUAAUACUGAAAACCAGCAACGUCAACAGGGCAUCUACGAAAGGUCGGCUCGGUUACGGACCGAUGGCAGUGCAUCCUCCCGUCCUUAUAUUACACCUCCGUGUUCAAACCUGGGCAGUCUCCCGGAUAGUCUUAAUGUUGGUGAGAAGACUCGUGCCUCUGUGACCUCUAUGUCAACUACGACCUCUUCAGGGUCAUCAGGGUCAGCAAGGUCAACGAGCAUGAUGGACACAGAUACGCUAAUGGCUAAGAGGAGACAUGUGCUGAAUGAGCUGAUAGAGACAGAGAAAACUUAUGUGUCACAACUCUACGAUAUUAUAAAGGGUUAUUUGAUGGAGUUGGACAACAGGACCAUGCAGCACCUCAUUCCAGAUGAACUCGUGGGCAAGAAAGAAAUACUCUUUGGCAACCUAGAACAGAUAUAUUCUUUUCAUAAAAAUAUAUUUCUUCAAGAACUACAGAAUUGUAGGGACCAGCCGGCAAAAGUAGGAAAAUGUUUUGCCAAUAGGAAUGAAGAGUUCCACCUGUACAGCGUCUAUUGCCAAAACAAGCUUAGAUCGGAAGCUCUACGGAAUCAGGUCGGCGAUCAAAACCCAUUCUUUCUGGAAUGUCAGAGGAAGCUGGGACACAAGCUGCCAUUAGGGGCAUACCUCCUUAAACCUGUACAGCGAAUCACAAAAUACCAGCUCUUACUCAAGGAAAUGCUGCGGUUUUCUGAGCAGGACCCCACAUGCGAAGCUCAUAUACAGGAAGCACUCGACUCCAUGUUGGAUGUUGUACGAUUUGUUAAUGAUAGCAUGCAUCAGGUGUCGAUCGUCGGAUUUCCUGGAAACUUAUCUGAUCAGGGGAAGUUACUCAUGCAGGGAGGAUUCAAUGUGUUAACAGAACAUCAGCGUGGACGAAUCAAAGACCUGCGAUUUAAACCAAUGCAGAGACACAUGUUUUUAUAUGAGAAAUCUAUAUUAUUGUGUAAAAGAAAAGAAGAAGUUGGUUUAUCAUCUGAAAAAGGAGUUUAUAGUUUUAAAAACCUUUUAAAACUUUCACAAGUUGGUCUCACAGAGAAUAUCAAGGGAGAUAAGAAGAAGUUUGAGUUAUGGUUACGAGGACGAGAAGAGGUUUAUAUCAUUCAGGCACCCACACUGCCUUGUAAAGACAUGUGGGUGAAGGAGAUCAAACGGGUUCUAAUGAGCCAGUUUGAUCAGCUGAAAAGUAAGUUUGAUGUUGACCAUUUAAAUCUGGUAGGGAAAUCUGAAGAAGACCUACAGCAUUUAGGAGAGGAUGGACCGUGCAAUAAUUCCAGAUAUGUAGACAAUUGGAGGACAAACAGACAGACAUCAUGUAACAACAAUGCUCCGACUGUGCCACAGGGACUGGAGAUGAUGUCUCCGGAGUCUCCCCCUGCCCCACCUCAUGAGGACGACGGAUGGUCCAGCGGAGAGUUCACCAACUCCGACGAGGAGGAGUGUAGAGGUCGUGACAGACGGGGGUCGGAGCCAUCUUACCUGCAGCAAUAUCAGUCCAUUGGAGACUUUCACGCCAGUGAUGCCAAUGAAGUCAGCAUGCGAGAGCGCGACGUUGUGGAGAUCAUACGAACGGGGUCAACGGGUUGGUGGUACGCCCGCCAUCUGUCGACCAAUCAGGAGGGUUGGGUACCGUCCACGUACCUCACUCCCUAUAAAAGGCGAAGUUCACAGUCCCAUUUUUCCAUGUCAAGUAUUGAUUCUAGUAGUCAGGAACAUAUGACAAGUAAAUCGAGCUUGGCAAGUGCUUACAGUUCCAACAGCCCAAUGAAUGAAACUUCAAUUUGAUGAAGAAUUACCUCCCUUUCUACAGGAGUAGUGUCCCUUGGACAUGAACAGUCUCAGUCAGACAGAGAGGAAUUUUCCUAGAAGUGUUCUACUAGUCAUUGAUUUCGAAAUGUAUAUUUUGUAUGUGUAAACAAAGCAAACCUGUAACCGAACGUCAGUCAAGUUCAAGGUCACUGGGAUAGAUUGACAGCCAUUUGUCAAAAUGUCUCAAACUUAUAAAUUCUCAUCUAAUCAAAUGCCGAGACAUCAAAUGGAAUUUAGCAUCAUCUCCUUGACCUCAAGUGUGUAUGACAAGGAUAGAUGUGAUUAAAGUGCUAAUCUUGUCUGAGACAGCUGAAGGAAAGCAUGUUUCCUCAAAGAAUUUCUAAAAUAUUCAGGGUAGGAUUCCUGCUACUGGAUUCUACUAACAAUUGCCCCAAGGAUUUUUCUGUGUAAUCUUCCGACAGCACAUCCUUAAACAAUAUUAAGAUGGAUUAUAAAUGACAUCAAUUUCUGUGCUAUUUAUAACUAUGAAAUAUUAGUUGGCAUAGAUCUGCAUAAGUCCUCGUCAGUGGAAUCUCAUUUGUAUGGCAGAUUUGUAUGUGUUCAUCGUCUUACAAAUAUCAGAAGUAUUCUUGGAGAUAAAAUAACAACUAUGAGGUAUAGAAAUGUCAAAUAGCAGGAAUAGUGCAAACAAUUUUCCAUAGGAAGGAAUUGCAUUGAUACAAAGCUAAUGACAAGCAAGUGUGUGAAUUCAGUUUAGAUGGUCAGCCAAAGUGUCUCUUAAUUGGACUUUCCUUGUGUUCGAUUGUUGAUUGAUUUUACAUUUCGACUUACAAACAAAUGUUUUACCUCAUCGAUGAGUCUGCAACACAAAUGUGCUGUUUUUCAUCAGUGGGAAGCAGUCACAAUGUUAUGGAGAAGAUACAUGCUUUAAACUUGGAAGCUCACUGAAACUUUCAUGAUUAACAUCAUCCAAAAUCUUGCUGAAAAUGAACUGAGUCAGUCAGAAGCUGAUGUGAUUUUCAGAUUUCCAUUUCCAUUACAUAUGUGGUACACAAAUUUUGUUGUCUCUUAUAAAUACUCUGACUGUAUACGAAGCUGUAUAAUACAGGACUUAUAAAAGUAAUCCCUACAAUUGGAGGUAAUUAGGGAGGAGAGGUGUGGAUGUAUGUACUGAGCCUCUGAAGUAACCCCAGGAGUAGAUCUACAACACUAGAUAUCUACACAGAUAUUCAGGAUACCAGUUCUAUGGACCUGGAUUUUCUUUUCUGUAGCUGUCAAAACUUUCUUGAUGGAUUUCGCGGGAUAAAUUAAGACAAAAAAAUUCAGGAUGUGCAUUCAUUGGACCAGAAAUUUUCCUUCCCAAAACAUCAUUGCAGGAUAUCUAGAAGUAAAUUAUGAUACAUCUACCCUGUAAUUCGAGAUCCUAGAUAUCCUUAAAACAGACCUCAGGGUAUCCAUUAAUGAGGUAUAAUAUUUAGGAUUUUAUUUGUACCAGAAACCUUGGGAUAUCUGUGAAGUAAAUUAUCAGAUAUCUUCCUGAUAUCAUGGAUAUCCUAGUCUACAGCAGAUUUCAGGAUAUUAUAACUGAGAUACAAAUAUAUAAUAUACUAUAAUUCUUAGGAUGUUCUAUGUACAGGAAACAUCAGGAUAUCUGUGCUGUACGUCACCUAUACCGGAGAAUUCAGCAUUUAUAUGCUGAAAGUCAAUGGAUGAUAUAGUCUUCAGGAUAUCUCUGUAGGAGAAUUUAGAUAUCCUAUCUGAAACUGCCAUUAACGUUUCCUUUAUAGAAAAUAAGGAAUUUCAUGAGAGGAGAACAGUGUGUUUGAGCUGAGUUUCACAAGCGAAUGGUAUGUCAGAUUGUUUUAGCACUCUUAAACAUUUGAACAUGCAUUUGGACUAUUUAUAGUUCUACAGUCAAGUGAAUGAUCAGAAUAUUUAAAUAUAGUGCUAGAGUCAAUGAGAGGCUCAGAAUAUUCAAGUGUAGAUUUACAAUCGAAUAGAGGAUAAGAAUGUUAAGUGUAGUUCUACAGUCAGAUAGGGGCUCAGAAUAUUUCAGUUUUACAGUCGGAUAGAGGCUCAGAAUAUUUCAGUUCUACAGUCAGAAAGAGGCUCAGAAUAUCUACAGUCAGAAAGAGGCUCAGAAUAUCUACAGUCAGACAGAGGCUCAGAAUAUCUACAGUCAGAUAGAGGCUCAGGACAUUUUAGUUCUACACUGUCUACAGUCAGGAAAAAUAGCUUA